AAAAUCAAAGCAUAAAAGAUCAAUCAAAUUGGUCAAUAUUAGCAACCUAUCUAAAUUCGAAGGAUAUAGAUAUAUGACCAUCCACUUCCCAAGAGAAAAAAGAUCUAACCUUAUUAUUACAACCUUAUUUUUUUUUUUUUUUCUAACAAGUAACAACUAUCAUACUCUGUAUUUGCUUUAGGCAAUAAUGAUGCAUCCUCCAACUAACCUCAUCAUACUUGAACUCCUCCUUUUCACUUAUCUCUUUGUCACACCAUCACAAACUCUCUCGCAGCCAAUUCACGUUCCCCUCCCUACAGCUACAAAGCUCUACAAUCACAAUCGCAACCACGAUCACGAGUCGUCCCUCUUCUGUGAAACUUGGCGAUUUUCUGUGGAGACCAACAAUGCCGGAAAUUGGUCAAGUGUACCCGUCCGUUGUUAUAAAUAUGUGAUGGACUACAUGACCGGAGAUCGCUACGCGUUGGAUUUCGGCCUUGCAGCGAAAAAUGCAUUAGAGUAUGCUAGAUCAGUGGAUAUUGCAGGGGAUAAGAUGGAUGCUUGGAUUUUUGACGUUGAUGAGACCCUUCUCUCCACUUUCCCUUACUAUAAACUUCAUGGAUUUGGGAAGAAAAACAGGACAGAGUUCAUAAAAUGGGGAUUAGGGAAAGGGACUAAACUACCUGUCUUAAAGGCAAGUUUGAGGCUAUACAAGGAGUUGCGUAAGCUCGGGUUUAAGAUCUUCCUCUUGACAGGCAGACCAGAAUGGAUAAGGAAUUCUAGUGUAGCAAAUCUAAUGGAUGUUGGAUACAGUGAUUGGGAAAGAUUGAUUUUGAGGCAGCCUUCUGAUGAAAACAAAACGGCAAUUGAUUACAAAUCCGAAAACAGAAAGAAACUAGAAGAUGAAGGUUAUAGAAUCCAUGGCAAUUCUGGAGAUCAAUGGAGUGAUUUGCUUGGAUAUGCAAUUUCACAACGAUCAUUUAAAUACCCUAAUCCAAUGUACUAUGUUGCAUGAUUAUGUAAUUAUAUUCGUGCUCCAUUAGUAUGUUUUAUGUAGCCAUGUAGUCGUGUUAUGGCACAUAUACACUAGUUUUACUACCUACCAUACAUCGUCACCUAUAUUAAUAAAUGUUGUCUUACACAUUUUUAGUUGUUAUGUUAUGAUCAAACUUAUGGUUUAUCCAA